AUGACUGUCGAAAAGGGAAAUAAGAUCUUCAUCGCUGAGGGCGAUGUUGCCGCCAACCCUGCCACUGUAAACUGGCAACAGAACCUUUCCCAGAAGUCCGACACAUAUUACAUGGCCGUCUUCACGAACAAGGAUAAAAACGAUGAGCAGAGCUACAUUUUCAUCCAGCAAGGCAAGCUCGACGCCUUGAAGGCCAAAUCUUCUGGUGAUUCCUUCACAAUCACGGUGGAUGAUUCUUUCCAAUACGGUCAGAAGAACAAGCAGGGAGAAGGCCGUUUCCUGGUCUUCCACGACAAGUCUCGCAAUCCCUUCCAGUGGAGGUUUGUGUCAACCUUGUAUUCGAAGUUGGGCAAUGGCGCUCUCGCAGUUAUCAACUUGGCCCCAAUCCCUGGAGGUGUUAAGGAUAUCGCCAAGUACUUUUCCGGACUCAUUGGAGAUCCUCUGCACAACUUUUAA